AUGCUCUGCAGAACGGCCACCUACCGUGCCGCUGCUCCCUCUCUCUCCCUCAGCCUCGUGCGGGUCUACUCUUCCUCCAUGGCCCCUUCAGAUCCUUCUCCCAUAUCCGCUCCCACCCCCACGCCCUCUGCCCCCCCUACCUCCUCCACCCUUCCUAGUCACACCCUGGCCUCCCUGCCCAAAACCUGGCGCUUCACCCAGUCGUUGCCGACCGACCCGCACUUUCCCACGCCGGCCGCCUCGCACAACACGCCGCGCGACGACAUCCAGCCGCGCCUCGUCCGCGGCGCCCUGUUUUCGUGGGUCCGGCCCGAGGAGCAGGACGACCCGGAGCUGCUGGCCGUGUCACCGGCGGCGCUGCGCGAUCUGGGUCUACGGCCGGGCGAGGCGCAGACGGAGGACUUUCGGCAGACCGCGGCCGGGAACCGGCUUUGGGGAUGGGACUCGGGAGAAGAAAAAGGCGGAAAAGACGACGAACAGGCUCGCUUCCACUAUCCCUGGGCCCAGUGCUAUGGCGGCUUCCAGUUUGGCCAGUGGGCCGGCCAGCUGGGCGACGGCCGGGCCAUUUCCCUGUUUGAGGUGCCAAUCCAGUCGUUGUCUUCGUCUCUAGCAUCCUCGUCUUUCUCGCCAUUAUCGCCCUCCACCCCCUCCUACGAGAUCCAGCUCAAGGGCGCCGGUAUCACGCCCUACAGCCGUUUCGCCGACGGCCGAGCCGUCCUGCGCAGCAGCAUCCGCGAGUUUGUCGCCAGCGAGGCGCUGCACGCGCUGCACAUCCCAUCGACGCGGGCCCUGGCCCUGACCCUGCUGCCCGAGGUGCUGGUCCAUCGCGAACGUUUGGAGCCGGCGGCCGUGGUGGUGCGCUUUGCCGAGUCAUGGCUGCGCCUCGGCACGUUUGACCUGCUGCGUGCCCGUGGUGACGCUAAGCUGACGCGCCAGCUGGCCACUUAUGCCGCCGAGACCGUCUUUGGCGGGUGGGACAAGCUGCCGGGACGUGUGAGCGACGAUCUGACCUCCACUCUCUCUCCUCCCCGCAAUGUCCCCCUCACGACGACUGAAGGCCCCCUUGAUGCGGCCGAAAACCGGUUCGCCCGGCUGUACCGCGAGGUCGUGCGGCGCAAUGCCAUCACCGUCGCGCGCUGGCAGGCGUACGGCUUCAUGAACGGCGUGCUCAACACUGACAACACAUCGCUCGUUGGACUCUCCAUGGACUUUGGCCCCUUUGCCUUUCUCGACAACUUCGACCCCGAUUACACGCCCAACCACGACGACGAUAGCCGCCGGUACAGCUACAAGAACCAGCCGUCGGUCGUGUCGUGGAACCUCGUCCGCUUCGGUGAGGCCCUUGGCGAGCUCAUCGCUGCCGCCGACCGCGUCGACCAUCCAGCCUUUGUCGAGGGGGGAAUCACUGGCUUGGCCACACUGGAUGCUGCUGCUGAGGGAGAUAUCACUGCCACACCUCCCAAAGAAGCCGUACAGCUCGCCGCCGACGUCCUCUCGGCACACGCUGAAAACGUCAUCUUGCGCUCUGCCGACGAGUACAAGACCCUCUUCCUCGCCGAAUACAAACGCCUCUUUGCCGCCCGUCUCGGCCUAUCACCGCCCAGCCUAGAACAAUUGGCUGCAGACGCCGACAUCGACCCCCUCCUACUCGCCCUUCUCGACCUCAUGCAAUCCCUCGCCCUCGACUUCAACCUCUUCUUCCGCCGUCUCAGCAGCCUCCGCCUCCAAGACCUCGCCGACGAUCCUGAACGCCUCGCCGCUGCCGACAUCUUCUUCUAUCGUGAUGGCCUCGAAUCCGCCCUCGAUAAGGACGAUGCCCGCCGUCAGAUCGCCCGCUGGCUCGCCCAGUGGCGCGAACGCCUCCUCGCCCAACACUCCUACCCCGACGACGACGCCCGCAUCCGCGCCAUGAAGGCCGUCAACCCCAACUUCACACCCCGUGGCUGGAUCCUCGACGAGCUCAUCCGCCGUGUCGAAAAGGACAACGACCGCGACGUCCUGCGCCGCAUCACCCACAUGGCCUUGCAUCCCUUUUCCGACUCCUGGCACGGCCAAUCCUUUGACGGCCAGAUCUAUCUCGGGGAUCCCGACGAGGAAACUCGCUGGACCCAGGAUGUACCCCAGAAAGACAGGGCAAUGCAGUGCAGCUGCAGCUCAUAA